AUGGCGAUGUUCAGUGCCCGCGGGCUGAACAACUUUAUCAGUGAGUUGCGCGCGUGCACGUCGCGCGAGGAAGAGCAGAAGCGCGUGGACAAGGAGUUGGGCAAGAUCCGACAGAAGUUCACGCAGACAACGAGCAAUUCGGGGCUGGGGAGUGGCGGGCCGGCACUGCAGUCGUACGACCGCAAGAAGUACGCGUGGAAGCUCAUCUACAUCUACAUGCUGGGCUAUGACGUGGACUUCGGCCACGUGCAGAUCAUCAGUCUCGUGUCUGGCACCAAGUACUCGGAAAAGUGUCUGGGCUAUUUGGGCUGCUCCAUCCUGUUGAAGGCCUCGGACGAGCUCAUGACGCUCGUGAUCAACUCGAUCCGCAACGAUCUCAAGUCACGCGAGGCCAGUUCCCAGUGUCUCGCGCUAUGCUGCGUGGCCAAUCUGGGCGGCGCCGAUUUAAGUGAGACCAUGGGGCCCGACGUGGCCGGGUUGCUCACCAGCUCGUCUAGCAUCGCCCACGUUCGCAAGAAGGCGGCACUGUGUGCACGUCGCCUUCUGCCGGAUAACCCGGAGCUGUUGCCGGUUGAAGACAUGGAAAACCGGCUGAACGACCUGAUGGGCGAGACGCACUUGGGGGUUGUGACGUCGGCCGCGAGUUUGUUACAGACGUCGCUGUCGCUCCACCCGACGGCGUUCCGGUCGUUGAUAGAGCCCUGUAUCCAGCGACUCAACGCUCUGGUCACGCACAAGAACUGCCCGCGUGACUACAUGUACUACAACACGCCGUGUCCGUGGCUGCAGGUCAAACUGCUUCGUAUCUUGCAGCAGUUCCACGCGAACGGCGCGUUGGAUGCCGAUUCGGCCGACGGCCGGCUGAACAAUAUGCUGAACGAGACGCUGCACCGGGUGCUGGCCCGAACGCCGCCCGGCAAGAGCGCCAAGAACAACGCCGCCUACUCUGUAUUGAUUGAGGCCGUGAACCUCGUCAUUGCUCGAGGCAAACCUGGUGGGGAUACGGAAAGCCCGGCGUACAAGCUACGCGAACAAGCUGUGGCUCUGCUAGCCCGCUUUAUCUCCGUCACUGAGCCCAACAUCCGCUACGUCGGGUUAGACUCCAUGUACCGCAUGGUACGGCUCGACGGCGACGGCACCAGCGUCAAGCAGCACCAGGAGACUGUGCUCUUCUCGCUCAAGGACGCUGAUCCGUCCGUACGCCGCCGCGCAUUGGACUUGCUGUUCGCCAUGUGCGAUGCCUCUAACGCCCAGGAGAUCGUGGGCGAGCUGGUCAACUACUUGGCCGUCGCCGAACGCACAGUGAGUACCGUGCCGACUGCUGGACCCGCCAGUGGUAUCCGCGAGGAGAUCGUGCUCAAGGCGGCUAUUCUGGCCGAGAAAUAUGCACGCGACCUACGCUGGUACGUGGAUACGGUGCUUCAGCUGCUGACAAUCGCCGGUAGUGAAGUGCCUGACGCCGUGUGGCACCGUGUGGUGCAGAUCGUCACUAACCGUGAGGAGCUACAGCGCUACGCUGCCGAACAAAUGUUCAAAGCGAUGGAGCCUCGCUACGUGGAUGAGACAACGACCAAGUUCGGCGCGUACGUGCUGGGCGAGUUCGGGUAUCUUCUGUGUGACGACGCCAGCAUGAGUGGCACGCGUCAGUUCGAGGUGCUGCACCAGCACUACACAGACGCAUCUGUGCCCACCAAGGGUGUGCUACUUACGGCGUUCGUCAAGAUGGACAACCUGUACGAAGAACUGCGCUCCACCGUGCAUGGCGUGCUUGCUAAAGCCGCGAGCAACAUGAACCUGGAGAUCCAGCAACGCGCGUGCGAGUACUUGGCCCUGCGUCAACUCUGCCAGAGCUCUCCUAACGGUGAAGAAGUGCUGCGUGCUGUGUUGGAGCCGAUGCCGGUUUUCCCGGAGAACCGCGAGUCCGGACUCAUCGUCCGUCUUCGCAACCAGCAGAAAGCUGCAGCCGGUGGUGACGGCGCUGUGCUGCCGGAGGAAGGAGCGACAUCUCCUCGUGCGCAAACGCGAGUUAGUGAACAGCCAGCGGCGGACACGGCCGUGGACUUGCUGUCUCUGGAUGAACCGGUUGCCCCCAAAACUUCGUCAGCGUUUGCCAUGGCUGGCCAGGACGCUCUCCGCGGACCCAACCCAGCCUCAACGGACUUGGGCGAUAUCUUCGGCGGCUCAAGUGGUGGCAAACCUGUGGGCCUCGAUGCAUCCUUGACGCCGCAGAUUGCUGUCUGGGCACGCAACCUCAUGCUGAACCCGCAAGGUGUACUGGUCGAGAACGACGUGCUGCAGAUUGGAGCGAAGCAUGAAUACCGCGGCUCACAGGGGCGGAUCAACCUGUUCUACGGCAACAAAACCACCGACACACUCAACGGUUUUUCAGUGCAGCUGGAGACCGGUAACCAUUUCCGUGCUCAGGCUGAUGAGCUGCCGUCUCAACUGGCAGGGAAGCAGCAAGCCAAGCAGCAGAUCAUGAUCGAAGCGAUGGCACCUUUCACGGAGCCACCGACGAUGACGGUCAACUUUUCACGCAACGGCACGAGCUACUCGUAUCGGGUGGCGUUGCCGUGCCAGGCCACUACCUUCAUGGAGCCUGUGGUAGUGAACGAGGAAGCCUUCUUGCAGCGCUGGAAUGCACUCGAAGGACAGGAUCGCGAGCAGCAGGAGGUCGUGUCGGCCACCAGCAAACUGGACCCGACACAGGUACGUGAAUGGCUGAGCACGAACCUGAAGUUCGCCAUGAUCGACGGGUUGGACUCGCAGGCCAGUGGCAGUUUAUCCUGCGCUUCCACCUUCCGAACAGGAGCAGUGGGCCCCAAUGGCGACAAGCUCUCCGUGGGCUGCCUGGUCCGUCUCGAAGCGAGCGACGGCAACGCCUACCGCAUCCGCGUGCGAGCGGUGCAUCGCGACGUUAGCGUAGCGACCAAGAACUGCCUCAAGAUGCUGCUUCAAGUGUAGAGUAGCAAUAGCAGUCUUCAUCAUCUAUAAAUGAAGUCCAAAAGGAUAUUAACGUUAACUCACUUUCUACCAAAA